GCAAGUGUGGUGGUGUUCAGGGGCGCAAAGUGUCUGAAACUUGGAGGGGUUAGAUUAACGUUGAUCUUCACUGAGCUCAUUUCUCCCCUUCUGUGCAGAAGAGUGUGAGACACACACACACACACACACACACACACAGACACACACACCUUUGCAUUAGUUUACCAAACCCACCUGGUAUGUUAAUCUAGAUUUAGGCUCUAACACGUAUCACAUGAUUGCCUACUGCUUCUAAAGUAACUCCGUACGCUUUCUACACCCUGAACUCCACCCAACAGGAGCAAAGCGCCAUGAAGCCGCACUGAUCACAAUAGAUUCUGAUGGUUGGUUAAUUGCAGGGGGAUUUAUUUGGUGCAUAUUUGCUCAUCUCAGCUGCUUAGACAUGGGAAGAAAGAUGUUCUACCUUUUCUUUCUCUUAUGUAUUACUUAGAGGUGAUUUGGGGGGUAAAACUCGCUUUGUGGAAGUGAAUAAACAAAUGUUUUGAACAAGAAAAGGAUCGGCGCUGGAUGUCCGGCUGGCUCAUAUCUGCGUUCCAGACAAAAUUGUAGACGAUUUUUUAAGCCCCAUCGCCUGAUGAUCCUCAUCCGGUCCUUCACCUGACUGCAACCUUCAUGCAGAGCCUCACAUUCACCGCAGGGAUUAAUCCGUGUCUGCCGUUUGCUUCGGGCUGUGAAGUGAAGUCGCUGCUGUAAUAACUAUAAGUUAAGCUUCGCUGCACUGACGCUUGGCAAAGUGACUUCAUUACUACGUUUUGUCUCAGCUAUGAUCCGCAGACCCGGUGUCACGUGUUUUUAUUACGGCUGACAGAUGCUGACGGGAUCCUUAACCUGAUUAAUAAGAACAUCACCCUGAGGCUGAUUAAUGAGCCACUGAGAUCAUUAAUUCCCUGUCCCGCAGUUGACCCGCCAUCGAUGUCUGGGACCGUUUUCAUUAGGCCUCGUCCUGGAAAGAGGUCGCCGAGGAUGACCAACGGGUGCAACCGUGUCCGUUUUAAUCACGCGGGUAUUAGCUGGUCGGGGAUCGCGGCUUUGUGUCCUCGCGGCCAAGUGUCCAGGCUCAUGUGAUACAGACUUUCAUGAAUCCCACCAAGUAAAUGUGACACCCGAGGGUGCAGCCACCCCCCCCCCCCUCUCCAUCACGACUUGAAAGUUUUUCCACUCCUUCUUAAAAAGAGUAACAACCACCUCCCUCCCUGGACUCAUAAGGUGCAGCCUCCACAUUUACUCCCCCCAUCCGUCACCCAUCACCCGACCAGCCGUCCUCGCUUGUUUGCUCGCUGCACUCAUCCCGACAGUCGAUGUAUCCUCGGGCUCUAAGCCAAACAAGCUGAUCAGCCGGUCACCUCUGUACACACUACCCCCCGCUAAGAGGCUAAUGGCCAGGACGCAUAAUCCUUCUCAAAACAACCACAGAGAUGCUAAUUGUAUCCAGCUAUAAAUACGGGUCGACCGCUUGUCCUCGUCCUUUAUUUGGCUCGCAGCCACCGUUUGGGAACCAGCUUCCUCGAAACGUUUGACCAUCUACCGGGAAGGACUCAGCGACUUAAGAGGGGCAGCAGGUAGAUGCUGCAAGUGUCAAUAAUCUUGCCAUCCUCUUAAAAAGAAAGAAUCGGGCAGCGAGCGCGCGGGGCGUUACGCGCCGUUGGACAGCACACUCCAUGCGCCCCGCGCACACGUCCUAGCUUCCUCGCUUGACGACGCCGAGAUGUUCCCGCUGCCGAUGUUCACGCCGGAGCAGGUCGCUCGGGUGUGCGAGAACCUGGAGGAGACCGGGGACAUCGAGCGCCUGGGCCGGUUCCUGUGGUCGCUGCCGGCCGCCGUCCCCGGCACCGCGGGGGAGGCGCUGAACCGACACGAGUCCGUGAUGCGCGCGCGGGCGCUGGUCGCCUUCCACGGCGGGAACUUCGAGGGUCUCUACCAGAUCCUGCAGAGCCACCGGUUCACGCGCGAGUCGCACGCCAAGCUCCAGGACCUGUGGCUGGACGCGCACUACCGGGAGGCGGAGAGGCUGCGCGGGCGGCCGCUGGGUCCCGUGGAGAAGUACCGGAUCCGCAAGAAGUUCCCGCUGCCCCGCACCAUCUGGGACGGCGAGCAGAAGACGCACUGCUUCAAGGAAAGGACUCGCAGCUUGUUGAGAGAGUGGUACCUGCAGGACCCGUACCCAAACCCGUCCCGGAAGCGCCACCUGGCCCAGGCCACGGGACUCACCCCCACGCAGGUCGGCAACUGGUUCAAGAACCGCCGCCAAAGAGACCGCGCGGCGUCCGCAAAGAACCGAAUGCAGCAGGAUCCUUCCCGCAUGCCCUCUGAGAGCUCACCCGAUGGCUCCCUGCAGGACCGCCGCCACCACCCCCACCUGUUGCCUCCUUCGCCGCGUCACCCGGGCAGCCCGGAGGCCAGCGACUGCAGCACGGACGAGCGCAGAGGAACGGGAGCCUCCACCCCGGAGAUCUCCGUCAGCAGCGACAGCGAGUUCGAGUCCUGAGACGGGCCGAGACUCUCGUUCCCCACGCGGAGGGUCGAGAGCAGCGUCCGUCGUCCCGGGCCGGAGAGAGAGAGAGAGAGAGAGCGAGAGAGAGACACUUGGACUGUGGGCGGCUGUUUGGAAGCGGCGAGGAACAGGAGGACGUGGCUGUGUGGACGUUGUGAGGCGACGAUAUGCAAGAACAACAAGCACUUAAGAGAAAAAGGAACAAAAAAGCUCCACGGCACAAAGCUGUGGAAAUAAUUAGUUUACCGCUGAACUAUAUUAGAUGAUGUGAGUAAUAAUACUUACAGUUUUGAUACGGGUCUCAGUGAAUGUCUUUGGAUAGGUCAUUUUCUAAUAGUCAUUGUGUGAGCUGCACAAGUCAUUUGUAUGGAAAUCGUAACAAUGAACAAUGCCUUGGGUGGGCUUUUGAUAUCAGUCACGACAUUUACAUGGACACAUUCAGACUACAGCAAUAUUCCCGACUGGCAUGCAAACAAUAUAAUUUAAAACAUUAAAUAACAUAUCAUCAUUCAAUCUAUUUUUAAAACUGUGGGUGUUGAAUCAAAUCAAAGUUAAAAAAACUUUUAAAACAUUUGUGUAGGCAGACGAUUGUUAUUCAGAGUUAUCCGCUUAUAAUACGCAUGUAAAGAUGGCGACAGGCUAAUUAAUCACAUUUCACUGCCUUACAAACAAACUCAAGGGCAUCACUUUUACAACGCAAAAACAAUUAACGGCGUAAGUUUAGAAACACUUUAUGUCACUAACGAUGCUUAAAAUACAAACGGUUUUGUUACCUGCUGCGUUUCACCUGUUCACUCCUUUGUUUACCGCUUAGAACGUGUAGGUGUUUCUUCUUGUAAUCGCUCCUGAGCUGCUCUGACGAAUCCCUGCAGGAGCUGAAACGGAAAAGACGAGACAGCGAGAAUGUAAAGCACUAAUCGGUCUUUACUCAAUGUGCCUAUUACAUUUGAGAAAAGUGGGACCCCCGUCGGAUACGUCUUUCUUUACAACAAUCAUUUCUCAUAACACAUUACUGCAAAGAAAAGGUGUAUUUUGUAAAUGUUUUAUGUAAAUAAACGAACCUAUUUUUAUCCAACAAAGCAA